AUGGCAAAUAAAAUUCCCACAGAAAUCUUAACUAAAAUUUUGAAUAAUGUGCAAUCAACUGAAGAUUUACAUUCAUCAUUAUUAGUUAAUCGAAUCUGGUGUAAAGUUACUAUACCUAUACUUUGGGAAUUACUUUUGGGUCAAGAAUGUUGUACAGAUGAUAAGAAGUUGAGGAAGAAAGCAUUAUGUAUUCGAACUUUUAUAUCAUGUACUGAUACUCAAGCUAGAACCUUACUUAGUGAAUAUGGAUUUGAUUUAUCAUCAUCACCACCUCAAGCUACUUUUGAUUAUCCUUCAUUUAUUCAUAAAUUAAUAAUCAAUAAUUUAGUCUAUUUUAUUUCCAUUUAUUCUCAACAAAUUAUUCGUCCAGAUCAAGAAAAUAACGAUAGUGUUGAUGAGAGGACCAAAUCGAGAAUAUUAUUUCGUGAGAUAUGCAAAUUAAUAAUAAAUCGUUGUUCAUUUCUGGAUUAUUUUAAAUUGGCAAGAGUUGACAAAAAAUUUAGUAGAAACUUUCGACUUAAUUUAGAUUCAUUAAGUAGUAGUACAUUUCUGGAAGAUUAUAAAUUGUCAAAAGUUCCCAUGAAGAAUUGUGAACGUUUUACAAAUUAUUGUGAUAUAAUUGGUUCAAUUUUAGAGUUACCUGGUGCCCCAAAAGUAUUUAAGAAAUUAGAAAGUUUUACCUUGAUUAUAAAUGAAGAUGAACAUUUGAUUUGUCCUUUAUAUGAAUCAUUAAAAUUUAUUUGUGAUAAUAUUUUAAAUAUGGAUUUGAAAUUGAAUUCAGAUUAUCAAAUACGAUUAUUAGCAAAACUUAUUAGUGCUCAAAAACAUUUAGAAAAACUAUCAGUUCUAUCAAAUGCUACUCUUAAUGACCUUAAUUGUGAUCCAAUAUUUUGUGCUAUCAUUAACCAAAAAGAAACAUUAAAGAUUCUUCAUUUAAAGCAAGUAAAGUUUAAUGGUUUCAAAGGAAGAUCAUCACCAAAUGGACAAUUUAUUUCACUUCAAGAACUUUAUAUUGAGGAUUGGCGUGGAUUGGAUGAUUCGGGCUGUUUGUCCUUGGCUUCAACAUUUACUCAAUUAAGUAGUUUUCAUUAUUCUUGUUCAAAAGGUACAUAUAGGUAUCCUUAUCCUCAAGAGUUUGUUGUUAGAGUUCUUGAAACGGCCAAUACAAAUUUAAGAAAUAUUUGUCUGGAUUUAUGCCUCACAGAAACAUUUUCAGCAAUUUUAGAUUAUUGUACCAAGAUUACCCAAUUAACUCUAUAUCAUUUAAGUCUUGAACGAGUAAUUGCAAUAUUGAAUAAUAAUUUUAACGAAUUAAGAAUAUUUUCAUUUUCAUUUAUUUUUGGAGGAGAAUUUGAUGCUGAUUUAUUAUUAUGUCAAAUGGCCGAAUAUGUACCAGAAUCACUUGAAACAAUUGAAUUUAUAAUUUAUAAUCACACGUCAUGGAUAUUUAGUGCUAAUAGUUUAAGAAAAUUUUUUGAAGGUUGGUGUUGUAAAGGAGAAGGAAAUAAAAAGAUUAUUGUAAAAGAUAAUAAGAGAAUUGUAAAAAGUACAGAAGAACAGCAACUAUUUACACUAAGUGAUGAGCAUUUUAAAGUUAUCGACGAAUAUGGAGUUCAAUUUGAUAUAAAAGAAUAA